AUGGCGGUGCGGAGCGCCGGCGCUCGGCGGCUGCUGCUGCUGCUGCUCCUGGCCGGCUCCGCCGCCAGCCCGGCGGAGGAGGGCGGCGGGCGGCGGGAGGCGGGCGGCGGGGAGCAGAGCGAGGAGGCGGCACGGCCGCACCACGACUCCUCGUACGGCACCUUCGCCAGCGAGUUCUACGACCUGCGCUACCUCUCCGAGGAGGGUUACCCUUUCCCUACUGCACCUCCUGUGGAUCCAUUUGCAAAAAUCAGAGUGGAUGACUGUGGAAAAACGAAGGGAUGCUUCAGGUACGGCAAACCUGGCUGUAACGCAGAGACUUGUGACUACUUCCUAAGUUAUCGCAGAAUAGGAGCUGAUGUUGAAUUUGAGUUGAGUGCUGAUACCGAUGGCUGGGUAGCAGUGGGAUUUUCCUCAGACAAGAAAAUGGGAGGAGAUGAUGUCAUGGCUUGUGUUCAUGAUGAUAACGGAAGAGUCCGAAUACAACACUUUUACAAUGUUGGUCAGUGGGCAAAAGAAAUACAGAGAAAUCCUGCUAGAGAUGAAGAGGGGGUUUUUGAAAACAAUCGUGUAACUUGUCGAUUCAAGCGUCCUGUAUACGUGCCCCGAGAAGAAACUAUCGUAGAUCUGCACUUGAAUUGGUACUAUCUGUUUGCCUGGGGUCCAGCAAUUCAGGGUUCUAUAACUCGUCACGAUAUAGACUCACCACCUGUAUCAGAGCAUGUGGUCAGUAUUUACAAGUAUGAAGAUAUUUUCAUGCCAUCAGCUGCCUAUCAGACCUUCUCUUCUCCAUUCUGCUUGCUCCUCAUUGUUGCACUGACCUUCUAUUUAUUGAUGGGAACCCCUUGACCUCUGGAAAGUAACGAGAAUUUGCCAGUGAAAGUUUCUCAGGAUGGAUGGAUAUAUGAUGGAUUAUGCGUAUUUCUAUUGGAAUUUAUAUCACACCACCAUCGUCAUCUAGCCGCUUUUGAACAUAGUUAGCUUCUCAGAAGAAUGAAAUCACCAUCUUUUGAGUGGCUGAGUGGUGACAAAUCAUUUAAGAAUAAUCAGUGAACAAAUAGGAGACGAUAUUCAGUGUUGUGACUACUUGCUUAAUGAAGACUUUUGUAAAAUAAGUGUGUGUGCGUGUGUGUGUGUGUGUGUAUGUGUGUUUGGGAGGGGUGUCCGUAUGUGUGGUUAGGAGAGUUUCGUGAUGCACGUCUUAUCAAAUAACAAAAAAAUGCCUUCCAAAUCGUUCCCAGAAAGCAAAUUUGGGAAAACAUUAUAAUGCCAUUUGGUACUUCUGGUGCAGAGAAAGUCUGAGUGUGGUUUCUGAACUUAGGAUCAGGAUGCUGACACUGAAGUAAAAAAGCUACCCUUCCAUAAUGGACAGUUGUUUUUUUUUUUUAAAUUAAUAUUUAUCAAAGUUUAUUUGCUUUGGUACUUUCCAAAACUAGCCUUGCAUAAUCAAGCACGAACAGGAUUUUUUUAAUGGAAAGAAAUGAUCGAUGUCUUUAGAAGAAUAAUGUUUCAGCAACCUUCUUGAAAGAAAUAUCUGCUUGUUUUGUGUGUGAGAUAUUACAUUAUGUAAACAAAGGGAAAGGAGAAUGCAGUCAUUUGAAUUCUCCAUACAUAGGAAAAGCAAGUCUAAGCCACAGAGAACACUGAAGUUUCUAACAAGCCAUAGCACAUCCUCCCAAUCAAUGAAGUAUUUUUUUUCUUUUUAUUUGAAAGCAGUAAUGUUGCUGAUGUGUAAAUAUGUUUUUAAAUAGUUGUGCAGUAGUACCAAGAAGUCUGUUUUUCUGUGUUGUAUUCUUGUAUAUCCUGUUCGUGUUAAAGGUGAAUAUGGGCAGCAGAUAUCUGCUUACAAAGAAAUGGAAAUAUAACUGAGAUCAUUUGUAAGGAGGGAUAGGAAUUAAUAAAAAGAUCAGCAUCUUUUGUUUCAUCAAAUGGUUGCUGAAGCAUAGUUACAGUGGAAAAGAUGGGUUAAAGAGGAAAUGCACUUCAAUUUUUUAUCACCAAUAAAUUAUACAAAGAUGAAUGCUAAGUAUUAUCAAACUGUAAAGAGUCAAAAUACAUUUGAGCCAUAGAAUGUUCUGAAAACUGAAUUGGUGUAGAGAAUUUUUGUUAUUCAUGUGACAUGUAUAGGUGUAGCAGUUGAAUGUGCUUGGGUACAGUUGCUCAUUUGUUUCCCAACUUGCAUUAUUGCACCAAAAUUCUCUCUAAUGUGAUGCACUUAAGGACUCUGUAACGUAGGAUCUGGUAAAAUAUGUGAUAGACAUUCUUUGUAUUUUCAUUCCUGUAUAGAGUGUAAAAAAAAAAAAAAAAAAGUAACAAGCUUUGCUGGGUUUGCAUCAUUCUUCAUGGAAUGAAGUUUUUUCUUUAGGCUCUACAUUCUUGAAAGCAAUUCUUCAAGUAUGUGAAACAGGCUUGAAAAGGACUUGCAAACUCUAUCACAAAUCCUUUAUUACCAUUUUUAGAGAAAGAUUUCUCAGAGACAUGUAACAUUUGCAUUGAUGUCUUUAAGGAUUUGUUUGCUUAAAAUUGCUGGACUAAGGUUAAAUAGGGAUGAGAAGAAUGCAAAUUGAAGUGAACUUUGAAGGUGCAUUUAGUAGCUUCUUUCGUGUAAAUAACCUUCCACAAGUUGAAUAGCCAACAUCUGAUGAAAUAUGUAGUGGAAGCUACAUGUAAGGAAGGUCAGCUUUGGACAUUCAUGAUUGUAAAACAGAGGUCAAAGAUUAGCAGAAACAGAGAGCUGAAGUCUUGGAUAAUGAGUUUUAUAGUAAGCAGCCAGGUGAAGUGAGGAAGUUAUUAGGGCUAAUUCCUUCUCUCCUGUGUUAAAGCAUAGGCAGUUUAGGGAGCUGAGAUACCACAGCUCCUUUUCUGAAAUUACAGCUACUCAAAGUAGCCUCAGGGUUACUUUAGUUUAUGGCCUUGUAAUUUUCUGCAUUUCCCUGAUUACCCACUAAAAGGCUAAUCUAAUAACUGAAGCAUACUAAAGUAAGAUAGAAACCCAUUUGGGCUCCUUUAAUACAGUGCUGCACUUAGGAUAGUCUGGCUAGACCUAGGCAGAGACAUAUGUAAAAUAUGGCAAUACUAAUACCAGGGUAAAUGUACAACACAGGUAUUGCUGCUUUGCACUGAAAGCGCACUGCAGGCAGUCAGAGCUGUGUAAAGGUUGAAAGUUCAGGCUCUAAAGCAAUAGUGAGGUCAGAGCUGAAGCACAGCCACUUAUGGGAAUGCCCAGUGCAAAGCUUAAACUGCUUCAGGCCACAGAUGUACCCAUGUUCUAAAUUAGAGUAGAAAUACAGUUCCUUUUUUUUUUCUUUUUUUUUUUUUUUUUUCCCCAGGUUACUUUUAAGCAUUCUGUCUGGUGUUUUUGUUGUUGUAUUUUUCUCUUUUUGAAAUAUUAGCAGAGAUAUGCACUUCUAAAUGACGUUGAUCCUUGAGCUUCAAAAUACUUAACUAGCACUAAUUAAGCAUUUCUGAUUAAUUGGGAGGAAAUAAAAGUCCACAACAAGCAGCAAAGCAAUUAUUCUAUUAUUUGGCAUUUACAUUUAUGGCUGAGCUAUUAUUACUCCCUGGUAAACUGUUCUAAGAUUUUGUAUACUGCUUCACAGGUAUUAGAAAAGCUACUGUGCAUUCUCUGAAUGUUUGGCAGAAUGUUUAAGAAGAACUGAAUACUGAAAAUAACGAUGAUAAAUUAGAAUCAGGAGAUAGGAUAAGUGGUGUUUUUUGGUUGUUUUUUUUUCUUCAGAGAAGAAAGUUUGUUGUAUUGUGGCAUUUUGUCUGAGAGUUGUAGGAAAAGCAGGACUGUGAGCUUUCCAGAUUCAGGAAAACAAAGAAGGUACAAGCACUUGGAUAUGGGUAGUUGGGAGUAAAUAUGAGAACAAAAAGGCUAUGAGAGAAAUGAAAAGGCCUUAAUUCAUUGAUGCUUAGCUUAAUAUGAUAGCUAAUAAUUAUUAACAUUUAAGUGAGCCUGGAAAGUAUUUUGUUUUUCAUGUUUUCUUUCCUCAUGCUUAAAAGCAAGAUUGACCCCUGCUGUACAGUUACUACAAAGUAGUUCUCUUCAAAGCAAUUGAAAAUUGGAUCGUUUUUAGAUCCUUUAUGGUGACUACCAGUAAGCAGCUAUUAAAUAACACAUUUCCAAAGCACUUUAAUUUUGAGAGUGAGAAUAACUUGCUGCAGGGUAACAUAACACAGAAGCAGAGGCUUUAGAAAGGUCACGUUUACAGUACGGUGGCCUUUGGAAAUUUGAUUUGGUUGCUAAUUACAAAGAUAAUUAAUUAGAAAGAUAAGACCAGAAAGGACCAUAAGGCAUUAAUUAGCAAUCUUGAAUAUAUUCUUUCCAUGCAGAACCAUGUUCAGCUCUGACCAUAGCUUGUUACGUUAACCAUAACACCUUCUGCUCACUCAGUCUGUCUUAUCUAUAACUUCGUAUACUUAAAGUUCAUAAGCUAUUUGAAGGAGCAGUCAGCUUCUUUAUGAUGGUGCCUAUCACAAAGGGACCUUGUGUUUUGACUGUAGUAUGUGACAGGUACUCCACUACAAAUACCAAGUUUGGCCUGAAAUUAUACCAUAAAGACUGGCAUAGGAGAAAGAAACAGAAAAUAAAGACCUCUAUGAAGUUUGUUUUUUUUGAGUGGAUAGUUGAGACACUUCUAGAUGCUAUUUAUUUUUUCUCAAAUAAAAGCUUAGCUGAUUUUAGAAUGUCAUUGGGUAUGGGAUGAUGCUUUCAUCUACAGUGAUAGCAUUAUAAGCAAAUUAUUCUGUUUUUGGAAGAGAGUAUUUUAAUUAGGUAUUUUGAAACCCCUCUGAGGCUCCCUUGUCUUUAUUGAUGGGCAUUGCAAUAUUUGGAUAGCAGGAAAAUAAGUACUUGUAGCUACCCUAAUCGAAGGGAGCUCCCCAAUGGGUUAAAAGUUCUGAAAGCUUUUUUUGGCACUGACUUGUUCAGUCUUCACUGCAAGGAUUAGAGAGUAAGUGGAGCAAUGCAUGCAUCAGCAAACUCCCUGGGUAGUAGCUCUGAAGCUUGAUUGGGUUGCCAUAUCCUAAGACUGGACCAAGAAGAAAAGCUCUCCUUGUGCUCAGUGACUACUGUGAAAUGGUGUUACAACUGUGUUAUUGUCUUCCUUUGAAAAGUAUUGUGCUCCUUGUCACUAGCCUAUGUCCUGUCCCUGUGUUCACAUCUGAUGAUCCUGACAGAUCUUAGCCCAGCUGUGAAGAGGAGUUAUUAGGUAAGGAGGACUGAAAGCUGUUUUCCUGAACAGCCAGGUCACAGUUAGAAGUCUGAAUUGUAGAUGAUACUCCACUUAUCUCUAAGUACUGUUGUGAGUUGAGGGGGAAGGGAAGAGGCAUUAUUCUUUUUUUCAGUCUUUAUUACCCUUACUUUUCCUGUCCUUAUACUGCAUCAGACAUUUAAAAAGAAGUAAAUUAUUCUCCUUUUAGAGCAUAGACCCUGUGGUCUUUGAUUUCUUCUGGGAACAUUAACUGUUGGCACUGCACUGCACUGCACUCUACAGGCAGAACCGGAGCUUAUAUACAAACCUGCUCAUUUUACUGGCAUGUAAAUUAACGUUGCGACCCCUUACCAUACUGAUGCAGUGCACAGUGAUAUGUUGUUUUAAAACUUUUUCUCCAAAUGGUUUCCCCAGCGAAAAGUACUCAGUAACAGCUUUAGAAGAAGAAAACUUCUUUCACGGGCAGAAUUACAAAAGGUCUAUCAUCACUCUUUUUCAGAGAUGCCUACUGUGAAAGUGCUAAUAUUUUAUACAAAGUGCAGCUGGUGAAGAGCCUUACAUUUAUAGUAGAAGUAGAAGCAUAUUUCAAUAAUACAGUUGUUCUGGUGCUUCACAGAGCUGUGUAUGUGCCCUGCGUGAACUGGCACCUUCCAUUUCAACGCAGAGCCACAGCGUGUGGUGAGCAGGUGGAAUAGUCUGCUUGGGUGCUGUAUGAUGAUGUGGAGGCAACCUCAAAUACUUCAGGACAGAUGAGUAGAGACUUUGCAAAAAACUGGAGGACGAAGAAGGGCUCAUGGUUUUGUCGUACUUCCUAUUUUUGCAUGACUUUACAUGUGGCAAAGACACAUGUAAAUCACAUGGAAAUUUUACUUGAUAUGCAAAGAAGCAACAGAAUCUAACUUGAACAGGAAUUAACUAUUUUGCAGUCCUAGCUGUUGUAAGGGCAAAAUGUCUGAUUUAUGCCUUGAGAUGUGUGCUCCCAAAAAGCUCCAAGAUUUGAGUGAGAGGCUUGAUCUUGCCCUUAGAGGUAUGAAGAAAGGCCAGGAUCCUGUGUGUGAUUGUAGCAGUUGGAUGCUGUGUGUACCUGCUCACUGUCUCUCUCACAAACUGCUUGAUUCUCAGAAGAGGGAGGUUCUAAAUCUUAACAGCUUUCUUUGCCCAAUGUGUGUUUCCCCUAAUUGAAAUUGCAUUAUCAAGGUUUCUGUAGCAUUGUGUUAGGGCCUAAUAUAGUUCUUCCAUAACCUGCCCAGCAUAGGCAGGGGUCUAACUGGAAGCCUGUUGGGAAUUUAAAGAAAACCUCAAUUUUCUGAGUAUAAAAAUUAAUUUGUAUGUUUAUUUAUUUAUUUACCAUAUGCCAACUAUUCUCCUGUCUUUUGCUAACUAUUCUGUGGAGUUAAUAUGUCUGAGUGUCUGAUUUUUUGCAGAUACAAUAAGAUCUAGAUAAACCUUCCUUUUCUACACCUGUCAUUAGAAUAAUCACCUAGGUAACUCUCAGAAGUUUAUUUUAUGGUGAGUUUUGAUAAAACUAUGUAUAUUUAUAUUCCAUUAUUUAAUUUUUCCCAUCUGGGUUCAGGUAGUGAGGUAAAACCAGUGUAAUUUUGGAGGGCUUAUGCACCUUGUGGAGUUAGUAGAUGUGAAAAAGCAGACUGAACAAACGUUACUUUGAAAAUCUGUGAUUGCAUUGACAAUAGCAAAGGAACUCCUGUAAGGAAAAGGGCAGAUUUUUUUUUCCCUUGAAUUGCCAAGUAAUUUCAAUAGCUUUCAUUCCUAAUUUGCUUCCAUGUUUGUUACUGAGGUAGGGAUAUUUGCCCACAUGGAUGUGAGGUUGGAGCACAAGGAGAACUUCACAGCCCAUGUUUGUAUAAAAGCUACUGCUCAGUAUAGACCAGUUCUGAUCUGCAUUAGAGACCACUUAAAAGUGUCCUUACAAGGGGAGUUUUUAUAUGACACUUUUAAGAAACAUUCUUUAAAGGUACUGUGCUAUUAUUUAUAUAGAAUUGAUCAUUACAGAAUUACCUGUUAGCAGUAAUCUUCUGAGUUUUUUCUAAAUGCUACUUAAUGCAAAUUCAUGUUUACAUUUUUAGGGAAGGAACUGGAUUUUUCAGAUGUGCUAAGCAGCUGCAAAUCUUUUAUGGCUUCAAUGCCUACUCAUGGCAAAGUGAUUGCAGUGUGUUACCUAAUUUAAUCUCAGAGCUCUCUGUUAAGCUUCACAUCAUUCAGUUGCAAUUUUGUAAGUUGCUAAUAGUAGAAGACUAAACAGGGGAAAAAGUCACCUAGAUUCCAUGCAAAGGAACGAAAAUAUUAUUGAUUUUUCACAACAGCUAUCAACCAGAUGAAUGAAAAAUAUUCUUCCCAGAAUCAAUAUUUUGGUAUACUAAAUGUGUUGAAGGGAUGUGAAAAAAUUAUGUACGACAUAAUUUAAAACACAAGGGUAGACCAUAUUUUGGAAAUAAAAACAAACAAACGAAAACCUAAAACAAAACUGAAAAUCUUCCAUGUUCCCUUACUCCUAGCUGAUAUUUUUGGAUAGUGAUACAGAAGAAUAUAUAUGAAAACAGUGAUGUUGCCUGCUACAGGAUCACAUUUGCUCUUUUAAUAUAUUAACUUCUUGUUGCUUUCUUUAGUGGAAAAAAAUUAGUCUCACAUUAUUAUUGUUUUGGAUUUCUUUUUCCCCCAAACAAGAUGAAAAAAAAUGUUAAAGAAUCAAGGAAGUAUUUUCAUACAGACUGUCAGGAUAACUGUAGAGGAAACAGUAGAUUUCAUACUUAAAAUGCAGGAGGCAAAAACUGUAUUAUUUAAACGCCAAAUUCCAUAUCUGCUACUGAAAUGUUAGAUUGCUCACCCAAUUAUAAAACAAUGGUGUCUGUUUCUGUUUUUCAUGAUGGUAUGAACCCCAUGACAAAAGUUGAAAUUAUAAGAAUGACCAAUUUUCACUAAAGCUGGAAGUAUCAUUCAAGUCUUGACAGAGGGUCAAAUGUGGAAUCCCAAACCUAUUAAGUUCAUUAGAAAAAUGGGAUCGUAGUUCUCAGUGGUGUCCCCAGCCUUCAUUUAGGAAGAUAAAUUUUGUUAACAUAUUUGAAGCACUGUGAGUUCUGUUUAGGUGAAGUCAGAUGCUAGGUAUGUCUUGGCAUUUCUGAUUAAUAUAUUCUGAGAUCUGGUUUGCUUUAACUUCUUAGCAGUUAAGCAGACUGUCAUAACUACAUUAACACUUGCCACUUGGAUUUGUGUUACAUAAAUUGUAAUGUUUGAAGCUGAAAUGUCAUCUGCACCUUUUGAUUUCAUUCAGCAUUCUCAAGAUAAAAAUUAGGUCUAACACAUAGAAGCACUUUGUAAGUAUAGUGCUAAGUGGUGUUCUGUUUUUUUGGUGUUUUUUUUUUUUUUCUUUUACUAGACUCAGUUCUGUAUGCCAAUACCCAGCAUCCAUUUGAAGACAAUGAGCAUUUAAACUUAUUUAUAUUAAUGCGUCAGUCUUCUUGAAUAAAAAUAACAGAGGAUGAAUACAUAAUGGAAUGAUAGUGACCUAUGGGAUUAUUUUACAAUCAAUGCAUGCCCUAAAGGAUUGCUUUGUAACAUCUGUUUUAUACUAAACGUUGGUGUUAAAGUGAGCCUUGUUAGCUAUUUGACAGUGACAUACAGUAUUUAUAAAUCUGUUACAAUAAAUGCUUUUUUAGUCUUA